AUGGCUGAUAACAACGACGGCGACAUAGUAGUCGACCAUCCUUUUGUUGACAAUCCCAGUAAAUCAUACUUUCCACCUCUUUUUGCAUCUUGGAAUGAAAAGAUAUGUCCCAUUCUUGAAACCAUCGACAAGCUCCGCAGCCUUAAUGUUAUUAAAGAAGGCAUCCAUUUGCCCACCAUUGUUGUUGCCGGCGACAAUGACUCAGGCAAGUCGAGCGUUAUAGAGUCACUCAUCGGCAUAACUUUGCCAUGUGCACCGAAAAUCUGUACAAGGGUACCUCUCAUAAUAAAGCUUCAAAACCAUGCGAAUUCUGUACCAGAAUUCCUACUGGAGUAUCAGAAAAAGUCGGUUCGGAUCAUGAAAGAAAUGCUGAUAUCUAAAGCCAUUAAUAAGGCUACCGUGGAGGUUGCAGGCGAAGGUAAAAGGAUAACAAAUGUGCCUUUAACUUUGGUAGUGAAAAAGAAAGGUAUCCCCGAUCUCACCAUAAUUGAUUUGCCUGGAAUAUGUUCGGAUUGGAUGUACGCAGAUCGGGACGACAUUUUGAAACAAAUAUCUUCGGGUAUUACCACGGAAUACAUAAAGCCAAAGGACAUUAUCAUUUUAAAUGUUGCAUCUGCGGGCGGUGGUCUCUCAAAUUGGAAGUCCCUUUCCAUGUCACAAAGCCUUGAUAAGACUGAAGAGCGGACACUGGCUGUCAUUACCAAAUGCGACCUCAUUUGGGGUAGUGAUUAUUUCAAAACUGCUGUUGCAAACAUAUUCAGUAUUCGCCAUCCGUACAUCUUUGUUAUAAACAGAAUAAAUGACGAAACCUAUAAUCACGAAGCUCGAAUCCGAGAAGCCAAAAUCUUUGAUGGUCUUCGUUUUUCGUCCAAGAGUGAAAAGUCCACCGUGGGUAUUCCUGCCUUGGCCAAUAGGAUUCUUCAGAUUCAAUUGUUAACCAUAUCGAAAUGUCUUCCCGAAGUUGUCAAGAACAUCAAUGAGAGGCUCAAUGAUUUGAAUUUGGAGCUCAACCGAUUACCCAACAAUAGUUUGAGUAUUCCUGAUGCAAUGGCUGCUUUUAUGCAUAUUCUUGGUUCCUUGAAGGAAACUCUUCAAAAGAUCUUGAUAGGAGGCGAGUACAAUGAGUAUGCAGAUGAUAGGCAAAUACAUUGUGAUGACCGGUUAGUCGAAAUGCUAGAUGAGUUCUCAAAAAAACUCCACUCGAGUGUCAAAUUCUCUGAAAGUUUCCUUGUUGAAGAGAUUCAGGUUAUAGAGGAAACUAACAAUGGGAUCUUGUUGUCUCAUUUGCCUCCUCACUCACUUUUGCUUAGGAGAAAAGUGAAUAAUAUCUAUAAUUUGCCCCUUGGCUUUGUAAAAGAAGUUUGGGGUUAUCUUGAAAUCGUUUGUGAUAGAGUCUUGAUUGAUCACUACGGAAAUUAUCCACAACUGCUUUCCUCCAUGAGGAAAGCAACUCAUAAUGUGAUGGAGAAAAUGAAGUUUGAGUUUUUGGAAAGAGUUGUUGAAAUGAUGGAGAUGGAGAAGGCCACGGAUUAUACAAGUGACCCUGAUUUUAUUGCUUCUUGGCACAAGUUAAUGGACAAUCGUGAUGAGUUUAUGAAGGCAGUGUGCAAUUAUCAGGAAGAGAUAAAUAUGGAAGCUCAUGGAACGAUUAACGUCAAGCAUUUAUUUAGUGUUCAGGAUAAUACACGGGAUCAAGCAUUUGAGUUAAAAAUGAGGAUGACGGCCUACUGGAAAAUUGUUUUGAAAAGAUUGGUGGAUUGGAUUGUGCUUGGGUUGCGGUUUAUGAUUAAAAAAAUGGUGAUAAGGGAGAUAGAAAUGGAGAUAGUGAAUGAGGUGAUGGUGCAUGGUGGGGGUAUAGAAAAGAUAUCGGAGGAACUAUCGCCAGAGAGGGUGAACCUUCAAACAACCGUUGGUUUGGUCCAGAAAUCAAAAGAAUUCCUUGAACAAGUCAUGGAUGACAUUUUUAUUUCAGUCGAUUAA